AUGAACAAGAAUUGGAUUGAUUUGCCAAAUCGGAUGUUAGUUGAUUACGUGAAUGGGAUUGAUAACUUCUUGAGAUUUGCAUACAACAAUAGAGAUGGAAGUUCAUCAAUUAGUUGUCCGUGUCGAUUUUAUAGUAAUCGAUACAAUUUUUCGCGAGAGGUUGUAAGGGAGCAUCUUAUUUCCAAUGGGUUCGUAAAAAAGUACAAAAAUUGGAUUCAUCAUGGGGAAUCCUAUGUCCAAUUACAUGGUAACCAAGAAAACCAAACAUUAAUGGAGGAUUCAGUGACUAGAGAUGAUGUGGUUGGGAUGGUACAAGAGGCCCUGGGAAUUCCACAUAUGGGUGUUGAGAAUGAUGAACUAAUUGCAAAUGCACAAACUGAUCUGUACCCAGGGUGUCACAAAUUUACUUCACUAUCAUUCAUUGUUCGAAUUUUGCAUAUGAAGGUGCUCAAUCAAUGGACCGACAAGUCUGUUGACAUGUUACUUGAACUUUUGAAUGAGGCUUUUCCUACGGGCACAAAACUUCCAAGUUUAUAUUAUCAAGCUCAGAAGGUUACUACAGAUUUGGGUUUCACAUAUGAGACUUUUGAUGCUUGCCCCAAUAGUUGUAUGUUGUUCAGAAAACAGGAUACAAAGCUUGAUAAAUGUGUUAUAUGCAGUAGUUCUAGAUGGAAACAAAAUGGUGGUAUUGGAAAUGAUGAAAGGGAAUUUGGUAAAUGGGUAGCAGCAAAACAGAUGAGGUAUUUCCCUUUGAAGCCAAGGUUGCAUAGAUUGUUUAUGUUAUCGAAAACGGCAAAGCUCAUGAGAUGGCAUGCGGAAGAAUGGGUUGAUGAUGGUGUGUUAAGGCAUCCUGCUGACUCCCUCGCAUGGAAGGGCUUUGAUCGGCAAAACACUUGUUUUGCUAGUAAUAGUUGUAAUGUAUGUCUUGGGUUGGCUACAGAUGAAUUCAACCCAUUUAGAUCGAUGAACAUAGUUCAUAGCACUUGGCCAAUUGUGUUGAUUCCGUAUAAUUUACCACCAUGGAUGUGCAUGAAGCAACCAAAUCUGAUUUUGUCUGUGCUGAUUGAUAGGCCAAAAGGACCUGGCGAUAAGAUUGAUGUGUAUUUGCAAUCAUUGAUUGAGGAGUUGAAGGAAUUAUGGGAUGAAGGUGAACAAACAUUUAAUGCAUCAACCAAUGAAAUGUUUCAAUUGCAUGCAGCUCUGUUAUGGACAAUCAGUGACUUUCCUACCUACGCCAACUUAUCAGGAUGGAGUAUGAAAGGUGAAUAUGCUUGUCCUUGCUACAAUGUGAAAACUCAAUCAUGUUGGUAA